CAACCACCACCGCCAGCCUUCCACUCCCUCAAGGCCCAGCACUACCUGGAGCUUACGGUUCAUGUCCUAGUGCUAGCGACGCAAACCCCCGCUGCGACUGGUGACCAGACUACUGCUCUGAGCCCCGAAGCGCAAUGGCUUCCACCAAGGCAGCCCGCUUGGGCGAAGAGAUAUGGAAGACCCGUGUUGACAAGGUCAACGCCGAACUCGUCACUCUCACCUACGGUACAAUCGUGGCGCAACUCUGCAAGGACUUCGACAGCGACUACAUUGAGGUCAACCGACAGCUGGACAAAAUGGGCUACAACAUCGGGCUCCGCCUGGUCGAGGACUUCCUCGCCAAGUCCAACACAACGUCUUGCUCCAACUUCCGUGAAGUCGCAGAGAUGAUUUCAAAGGUUGGUUUCAAGAUAUUUUUAAAUGUCACACCGACAAUCGCGAACUGGACGAGCGACAACAAGCAAUUCUCCCUCAUCUUCGACGAGAACCCGCUGGCCGACUUUGUUGAGCUGCCGGACGAUGGGCGGGCGCAAGACGAGCUGUGGUACUCGAACAUGCUGUGCGGAGUGCUGCGCGGAGCGCUUGAGAUGGUCCAGAUGCAGGUGGAGGUGCACUUCAUCAGCGACGUGCUGCGGGGGAACGACACGACGGAGAUGAGGAUCACGCUGGUGCGGUUCAUCGAGGACGAGCUGCCGCCGGACGACGAGUAGUAGCAGAGGGCGGGCACGGGAUGGAGGGUCACGUGACGGGAUGGCGGGAAGCCGUCGGGAUGGCGGCCGAGGCAUAUAGAUGCGGCGAGUAGACAGCGAUACCUACGGGCUCGGGCAUUUCGCAGCGGCCUUUUGGAGGCCAAUAUCGUCGAGCG